AUGCCAAAUUCUGGAAAUGGUGGAGACUAUGAAAAUUACCAGUGGUUUCAAACGUUGCAAGAGGUUGAGGUGCGAGUGCCGUUCAAAGUUGGAUUUCCACUCAAAUCGCGUGACAUUGAAGUAAAGGUCGAUAAGCAGCACCUUCGUGUUGGUUUGAAAGGCCAUGCUCCAGUUAUCGAUGGUACUCUGUAUGCUAAAGUCAAACCAGACUCGUCGUCUUGGGUACUUGAAGACAGGAAAGCUGUUAUGAUCACUUUUGAAAAGAUGGAUCAAAUGUCUUGGUGGGCGUGUCUUGUGGAAGGUGAUCCGAUAAUAAAUACAAGGAAAGUCGUACCUGAGAAUUCGAAAUUGUCAGAUUUAGACGGUGAAACCAGGCAAAUGGUCGAAAAAAUGAUGUACGAUCAACGCCAGAAGGAACUAGGGCUUCCAACGAGCGAGGAGAAGAAAAAGCAGGACAUCAUGAAGAAGUUCAUGGAACAACAUCCGGAGAUGGAUUUUUCGAAUGCAAGAUUUGCCUAA